CUCAAGUCUUUGUCACUCCUUGCUCCAACAAUACACUCAUUCACAUCCUAGAAGGAUUCAACACACUCAUUCCAAUCCUCCCAACAGUCCUUUCCCUCAAAGACUAAAAUCUUUAUUUAACAGUCCUGGCGACGUUAACCACAACACAUCAACUCAGUCAACUUUAAGCUCAAACAGUCAAGAUGCAUUUCUCCGCCUUCCUCGCUUCCGUCAUGGCCACCAGUGCCAUGGCCUCUCCUCACUACAAGGUCGUUACCGAGUACGCCUACGUCACCAAGGUCGUUACUGCUGGCGCCGAGCAGCCCAAGCCCACCUAUGUUGUUGAGCAGCCUGCUCCUGUCGAGGCCAAGCCUACAACUCUCCGCUGGGUUAAGAAGCCCAGACAGAGCCACAUCCCUGCUCCUCAACCCACAUAUGUUCCCUCACCCGCCCCCGUCGAGGACGAGGAGCCCGAGACCAAGCAGCCCGAGAAGAAGGAGCCUGACUCCGGCUCUAGCAACGGCUCUCUGACCGCCGACCAGCAGAAGGCUGUCGACCUCCACAACGAGGCCCGCAAGGCUGUCGGUAACGGCCCCCUCGAGUGGGACGACUCUCUCGUCUCCGGCGCCCAGGAGUGGGCCGACCACAUCGCCUCUCUCGGCAGCCUGACUCACUCCCAGGGCAAGGACGGUGAGAACCUCUACAUGGGCACCAGCUCCACCCCCUUCGCCGAUGCCAUCGAGGCCUUCCUCAGCGAGAAGAGCCUGUACAACGGCGAGACCAUCUCCGGCUCCAACUACAUGAGCUUCGGUCACUACACCCAGUGCGUCUGGAAGACCACCACCAAGGUCGGCAUGGCUGUCGCCAAGGGCAGUGACGGUGCCUCUUACGUCGUCGCCCGCUACCAGGAGCCUGGUAACAUGAUCGGCAGCAAGCCCUACUAAGCUUUCAAUAAGCUUAUGACCCGGAUGCAAGUCUUUUUGUGUUUUUCUGGUUAACGAUUCAUUGGAUAUGUGUCUUUCUUCUUCUUUUCUACGACUCAUUUAAGUUAUGAGAUCUACUUAUGGGCUUCACGAACUCCCAAACACUCAACAACCCCCACCUUCGCUUCGUUGAAUAAAAACAUCAGUCACAUUUUGUGGCACAACAUUUUGUUCUAUGUUGAUGUUCUGUAUAUACAUCUGGCUUCACGCAAUUACGACAAUUUGCAUUCACUCCCAACAUCAUGUUUCCCUGUGAUAAUUUGCCAUCGAGUGAGCUUUAGUCAUGAAACCGGGUCAACUGUU